AUGUACUUGGCGAAGUCUCUUCCAAUGAAGAGGGAGAGAGCAGAGGGAGAUGGGGAAGGAUCGAAGUUAUUCCAUCGCCUCGGAAGCAUUCGGAGUUCACUCAGGUUGGAUUCGGCGUCGUCAUCCUCGUCUCGGCGAAUGGGAGCCGAGAUGCUGGAUGCGGAGCGAGCACUUACCUCCCAUCUUGUUAUGCAAGAAACUCUUCGAGUUCAAGCACGGGAAGGAAAGGGAGAUCCCGAUCUCAUCCCGUGAUCCCAAUCCCUGAACGUGACCGUUGUGAUCAUCAUCGUGCCUAUCUGGCUAUUGCGUCUUCCACUGCCUGCCUCUGACAGUCCUUUCGUUUUCUGGCUGCCCUUCGUCACUCCAAUACUUUACUCUCCAUGUAUCAAUAAAUUCCGAUAUCGACUCCUGAAG